AUGGAAAAAUAUGAGGUCGCACUUGAAGCUUUACGUUCCUUAGAUCCAGGAGAAAAGCCCAAUAUUUCUUUAUUUGCGAGAACCUACGGUGUUGAUGCCUCAAAUCUCAGAAGACGUUUUCUUAGACUUACGGGCCCAAAACAAGUACAAUAUGACAAUCAACGCGUAUUGAGCCAUGGGCAAUCUCAAGCACUUAUAAAAUACAUAAAUCAGUUUACCGAAAAAGGUCUUCCACCUACGAAUCGAAUGCUAGCCAAUCUUGCAGAGGAUAUAUGUGGUAAAAAGCCUGGGAAGAACUGGGCUACCCGCUGGAAAAAUGCAGAUAAAGCAUGGAAAUAUGCGUUAAAUUUUGAGCUUCUUGGUCGGAAAAUUAUGCAAUAUAACCUUGCUUCGGAGCAAAUCUAUAACAUGGAUGAAAAAGGCUUCAUGCUUGGGAUGAUGAUAAAAGAGAAACGAAUCUUUUCUCGCUAUAAAUACGAGCUUGGAGGCUUCAAGCAGUUUCUCCAGGAUGGAAAUCGAGAAUGGAUAACAACAAUUGCUUGUAUUUGUGCUGGUGGAAAAGCUAUCUCGCCUAGCUUAAUCUAUUCAGCAAAAUCAGGUAAUAUCCAAGAUUCAUGGCUUCAAGAUUUCAAUCCUAAGACUCAAAGAUGUUUUUUGCAGCUUCAGAGUCAGGAUGGACUAAUAAUGACAUUGGUUAUCAUUGGCUUGUUAAUGUUUUUGAUAAAGAGACAAAACCUCAAGCAAGCAGGGGAUGGCGCCUUCUAA